UGUUUUAGUUUUCAAAAGAAAGCUGAUCCCUUAUUUUCCAGUUUUCCUUGAAUAAUACACAUUUUUGAAACUAAACAACGACAUUCAGAAUGCAUUCAAAGUAUGAGGUCAUCUGCGAAGAACUAGACGUUGUGACAAUUACAUAUUUCGCGAAACUGUAUGAAUAUACACAAACUUGGAAAGAAGCCGCAAAUCAGUUACAACAAGGAUUCAUGGAUUUAGCGCAUGCCAAAUAUACUAUGGGAUCGCAUCGAAUUUCUCAAUAUUCGUAUGAUGAGCGUAUGAAAGCAGCGUUACAAGUGUGAGUUAUUGGACGCAAAGAGCAACGAUAAAAGCACUUGCCUGCUGAUCAAUCCUCAGCAAAAAGUAAAGAACAAGAAGGAGAUACCGAAAAGGAAGGUUUAAGAAGACGCAACAUCAAACAUAUACCAGAGAAGGAGAAGAAUUCACAGUUGGCAAAUGGUGUUAGUGAUGACAAGAAUUCAACGGCAACUGUAGCCACAGCGAACAGUGACGAUCCUAAGGAAGAGAUAGAAAUGGAUGAAAAGAAAGCCACGAAAAAGAUCAAAAAGAAUGGCGACCCGUUAUAUUGGUUUGGUCUCUUCGUAUCUCCGUCUUUACGUACUUCACAGGAGCAUUUCAAGUCAG